UUCAUCUCCAAAUCUCCCAAACGCGAGGCAGCCAACCCUAGCCUGGCGCGGCCCCAUCCCUAGCCACCGCGAUCUCCGGUCUCCGCUUCCCCAUCCCUAGCCACCGCGAUCUCCGCUUACCCCCGCGGAGUGCGACGAGUUUGCCCCGACCACCGACUGUCGCCGCCGAAUCAAGCACGCUGCAGCAACCGCGAGCUGAUCCGCUGCUGCUGAGUGCAAGAUGGACUCUAAACGUGGGAGAAGUCAUAGUCCAGUUGAACUCAAGGAUGACCGCACUAAGGAGAGUGGGAGUUAUGGAAGGAAGGACAAUUCAAGGGAGCUACAGAAUGAUUCAAGUCACGCCAGGCCAGGCAGAGGUCAUGAUUUUGUUAGGCAUUCUGAUAGGCACUCCUACGGAGCUUCACGCGAAUCCAGGAGGCAUGAUGAUUAUAGGAGGUAUCAUGAUAAGCGCGCUGAAGAUAAUGACAGAAGCUAUUCUAGAACUUCUAGGUCAGAUCGGGAAUCAAGGGCUGACACUUACUAUAAUCCUUCAAAGCGUGAUAACACAUCUGAUAGAUCACAUGGUGAUUGGAAAAAUGAUGAUGGUAGGUAUGGAGGCAAAUCUGUUAAGCGAGAGCAGAGGAGUAAGAAUCAGGAAAAACAGGAGUCUCCACGUGAUGGAGACAGAGAUGCUGAUUUUAAGAGGGAAACAUACUCUGCCAGAAGGUAUCCAGAAGAGAAAAACAAGGAAAAGUUCAAGCAGGAGGAUGGCCUAAAGAAGAGAAGUGGCAAGGAAAUUGAGAAAAGCAGCAACCCAACAGAACCUGAGCUAGAAACAAGGGAGAAGAGGAGAAGCUUAUUCAGUUCUGUUGGUCCAGAUGUUGAAAAUGCACAACACAUGGAAAUCGAUACAUCAGGAGGAAUUAGAGAUGGAGCCUUAGGUGAUCUGGAUGCAGCAAAAAUUGCAGCAAGGAAAGCUGCUGAAUUAGUUAAUAAGAACAUUGUGGGAUUGGGAUUUGGAGUUGGAACCGGGCGCUUAUCCACUGACCAGAAGAAGAAGCUGCUCUGGGGCAACAAAAAGAGCAACCCCCCAGAGUCAAGUACUCACUGGGACUCGAAUCUGUUUUCUGAUCGGGAGCGCCAAGAGAAAUUCAACAAACUCAUGAGUCUGAGGAUGGCUUGGUGGCUAUGGCCUAUUGUAGGGUGUGAAGAGCAGCGCCUCCGCCUCGGUUCAAGAAAGCAAGGCUGGCAACAAGGAGGAAGCUCCGGUGGAAGGCAAGAAGCAGGAGGAGCUCGACACCGACCUGGAGAAGCUCUACGUAGCAGGCCUGCGCCGGAGAGAUGGCCGAACUGUUGGUCUCGGACUGUAGGGAACUAUCCUUGGGAGCGUCGCAUCGCUGAAGCUCUCAAGUGCCUAGGAUGUACACUCUUCAUAGGCUCGUUUAUCCCCGGCUGUGAAAUUUUAACUUUCAGUUUUGCAUCAACAGUAGAAGUGGGUUAUUAUCAUCUUGUAGCGCAUAGACAGCAAUUAUAUCUGCUUGGCACUUGUAUAGUGUAUUGUUUUAACUUAUCACCCCGGAGGACCUCUGCACUGAGAUGCUUUUGCUUUGUCUGCCAGUUGACCGUAAGACAGACAGGGCUACGUUGCAGGUAAGG